GAGAGAGGAUGAAGACUGUUGGAGCCCACGCCCAGCCCUGCACCGCCCCGGCGAUCACAGUUCAGUUGCUUUUUUCGACCAUCGUUAGUAUUGGGCGGUUUCUAUAAAACUCUUCUAAAAUCAGCGGGAACUGUGGGCAUAGCAUACCGCCUGGAAAUACCGUUAUUGUUACGUGAUUUGUUCGUUUAGCAUUUUGUGUAUGUAUAUAGUGGAAUAUGAUAGGAUAAUCAACCUAUUGGAGGUUUCAGGAGUAAUGAGUUGCUUCCAGGACUUAGUGCCCAUAGCGCAACAAGGGACAGCGAGGGUACAGGUAACUGACCUGAGUGGAUCUGAUCAGGUGAACCCAAACCCUGCUGUUUUUGAGGAAUCUGGCAUGCUGGUGGAGCUCUACCUGUCUCCAGAAAAGCUGAAAUACUUUUCUGGAAUAGAAGACCUCAGCCUUAUCACCUGCCUGGAAAUCUGUGUGGACACUCGGGAAAACACUUUGGGCAACUUUGGUGCCUACUUGCCCAAGCUUAUACAACUGAAAAUGAACAACAGUAUGAUAAAGUCAGUGAGGGACCUUGGUACCACUCUGUCACAUCUGCAGGUGUUGUGGAUGUCUCGCUGCAGCCUGAGCGACCUGGAUGGAAUCCCCUCCUUCUCCUCUCUCAAGGAACUUUAUGUGGCCUACAACAAUGUGUCGGACCUGAGUCAGGUGAGCAUGCUGGAGGCUUUACAGCUGUUGGACCUGGAGGGGAAUGAUGUGGAUGACCUGGUGCAGGUGCAGUACCUGGGCCUCUGUUCCCAGCUUCACACACUCACUCUGGAGGGAAAUCCUGUCUGUGUGCGCCCCCACCCCAAUGCAAACCAGUCGGAGGGGGAGGAGGGUUACUGCUACCGGUCGGCGGUGAGGGACCUGGUCCCACAGCUGCGUUACCUAGACGACUUGUGUGCCAAGGAGGCGGGGCCUAGCUUCAGCAGCACCAUGGGAGAAGACUGGGCCCUGCUUAGACGAUCCAUCAAGGACGGCUGCUCGGCAGAGACAGCAGAGGAGGAGAGAAGAAAGUGCGCCUUCUCUAGACCCGCCUCAAGCCAACGCACAUCUAGCAGCCUGUCAGGUUCAUGUUCAUCCAGUCGACCAGCCAGUGCUAGGCCCCUCUCAGCAGCUGGCUCCAGACUCUUCCUUGGGCCGCGACCCUUGUCAGCUGCUGGCUCCAGAACCCUCUCCCCUCCCGAGUCCAGAACCGGUUUUGCUGAAGGAGAUCAAGGGUCUGUGGACCCAGGAGCUAGUGUUCUGACACAUGGUGCAGGCAAGAUCUUGUUCUGUGGGAACCCUGUACAGGCCCUCAGAGCCAGGCGGCAAAAGAUGAGGUCUGGAGCCCCCUCCCCUGUGUCCACUCCCAGUGACCCUCUCCAUGUUCCCGAACACACCUAUGACCUUGAGGAACAGGAUGGACGCCACCGCAGUGAAGUGUUUGCUGAGCUCAGGGCCUGGAGGGAGCAUCAUCACAAACGUCUAUUAGCAAUGGAGAGAGACGGACCUCAGAUACUGACCAUCUUUCAUAGUGAUGAAGAGGACGAUGAUGGGAAUGAAGGGAGUCUCAGCGUUUUCAGUGGUGAGGAAGAAGAGGUGGAUAAAGAUAGUGACAGGUCGACUCACUGGUUAAAUACCUGCUCACCAGAGUCAUCUAUCCAGUCCCCCUCUCCAGGUGUGUUUCAGAGAGAAGUCCAAUCCCCUGAAGUGGCCAAUCCUUCCCUGUCCCCUGACUCCACUCUGUCCCCCUCUCCCCCUCAAAGCGCCACAUCAGGCCAUGGUAGCCAGAGACCAUCUGAUCUUCGAGCUCGCAGACUGAAGGCCAUUGGCAGGGUGGCCGGAACUGGGCCUGGGGCCAUGGCUGUUCUAAGGCCUGCUAAAGACCCCACCGUGCCUGGAUCGACCAUAGGAGACCCCGGUUUUGGGAACCUGGAGCUCAGGGAGGCUGUGAGGCUCAGAGUCCCUCUGCUGCCACAAGCUAUGCUCCACAGGCCUCACAGGCCAGCCUCUAGCCCCCUCUUCAGAGGGCUUAGCUCGCUGGCAGGCCAAGAUUCGGUGCAGUCUGUUCAUGAGCAUCAGUCCCUCAUCUCGUGCAGACCGCCAGAGACGCCAGCCGUCUUGCGUCCUCGCACAGCCAGGGCAGUCCUGCAGAAAACCCCACAGCCUCUCACAAACCAGCCCAACAGGGGCGACUCUCACUGAGACAUACGAUGUGUGUGACACAUGGGACCGCAUUCGUUUUGUUCCUGUGAGUGGAACCCUCAAGGAAGGAGCCAAUGGCAGAGAUGCAGUAAAGGCAAAAAUGUUUGUAAUUUUCUAAGUAGCGGCUCUCGUAUGAGCUGGAUCCUGGGGGCUUGAUUACCUCCAACAGUUGCCUGGAGAAUGGAACAUAGAAUGGAACAAAGCUAUGGAAUCCAAUUAUCCUGUCUGUGUUCCCUCUGCUGGACAGUUUCCUGCUUCCUUCUUCCUCCCAUAAUACAUUUCUGACAUGGACUGAUAAAACACACAGUACCCUUUUUAAGGACAAUAGCUUUUUUUCUGUUAAUGGAAAUUAUAUUUUUUAUCUCA